GAUGCUGGAUACCCACAGAUAUAAUCUAAGCAAAUAUAUUAUCGUGUAUGCUUAUAAUAUUUCUGUACGGUCUUUAUAAGACGACGGACCCCACGGACCCCAGACAGACGGUGGACGGAUCACGGAUACUCUUCGUUAUGUGCAAGGAUGUCGACUCACAACAGGCCACUGAGGAAAAUCCAGUCCACCAAGUCGGCGUCAGACAACCGGGAGGUGCGCAAGGUGCCCGUGCCGUCACAUAGGCUAACGCCGCUCAAGGAACACUGGUUAAAGAUCUACACGCCCGUCGUCGAUCAUCUCCGUCUGGAUAUUAGAUUCAACGUCAAAUCGAGAAAUGUGGAAAUCAGAAAUCCCGUUCCCGACGACGAGAUCGGCUCGCAACACUUGCAGAAGGCCGCAGACUUUGUCAAAGCGUUUGUCUACGGGUUCGAAGUGGAAGACGCGUUAGCAUUAAUAAGACUGGACAAUCUGUUUGUCGAAUCUUUUGAAGUGAAAGACGUAAAAACAUUAAAAGGAGACCAUUUGUCUCGUGCAAUUGGACGAUUGGCAGGAAAAGGAGGACGGACAAAGUUUACCAUCGAAAACGUUACUAAAACCAGAAUAGUGUUAGCAGACACAAAAAUUCAUAUACUAGGAUCUUUUCAAAAUAUACAAGUAGCUAUGAGAGCUAUUUGUAAUCUUAUUCUUGGAUCUCCACCUUCUAAAGUUUAUGGACAAUUACAACAACUCUCUAAGAGUAAAGUUCUAUAAAACUGUAUAUGUUAAUAUUAAAAUAAAAAAGUGUUUUUAUUAAUAGAUAA